AUGGUAUCUGCAAAUUAUAACAUCAAAGUUUCUUUCAAGUUUUUCAAUAUAUGGGUUGAGCAUAAAGAUUUCAUGAAGAUUGUAGAAGAAAUAUGGCAGAACACAUCUUCCACAAACAACAUGAAAAACAUUUGGAUGAAAUUGAAGAACCUUAGAACAGUCUUGAGGAAACUGAAUAAUGAAGAGUUUAAGUUCAUCAAGCAGAAAAUAAAGAAGGCAAGACAGGACUUUAAGAGCACUCAGGAACAAAUUCAAUUAAAGAAUAACAUAGACCUACUUGCAGAAGAAAGAAAAUUGUUACAGGAGCUGAAAAAUGGUCAUUUGUGGAAGAGAGUGCCUUACAAUAGAAAGCUAAAAAAACUUGUGGAUCCAGAGGAAAUCAGAGAAGAGAUAAUCAAGUUCUACAAAAGCUUGAUGGGUUCUGCAGCUCAUGUAUUGCCAGCAGUUAACAAACAAACUAUGAGAAAAGGUCCAGUCAUUGCUCAGCAACAAAGGAUUAGAUUAUGUGCAGAAGUAACAGAAAAGGAGAUAUAUGAUGGGCUAUCUUUAAUAGCAAAUGAUAAAUCUCCUGGAGUUGAUGGAUUGCAAGAAGUGGUUCCAGACAUCAUAUGUGAAGCCCAGGCUGGAUUCAUUCUAGGGAGAAAAAUAGCUGACAACAUCUUCCUUGCCCAUGAGCUAGUAAAAGAUUAUACAAGGAAGAAUUUAUCACCCAGAUGCAUGAUAAAAAUUGAUUUACAAAAAGCAUACGAUUCUGUUGAAUGGACCUUUGUGAGACAGAUGUUAAAUGAGCUUGGUUUCCCUGACCAAUUUGUGUUUUGGAUAAUGGAGUAUGUUCAAACUAUAAACUAUACUAUGGUGAUCAAUGAUGAACAAAGUAAGCCCUUCAAUGCAGCUAGAGGACUUAGACAAGGGGAUCCAAUAUCUCCUUUUCUAUUUACAAUAGCUAUGGAGUAUCCGAGUAGACUACUUAAUGAAUUGAAAGAGGAUAAGAGGUAUCAAUUUCAUCCAAAAUGUGCAAAGCUAGGUAUCACACACCUAUGUUUUACAGAUGAUCUACUGUUGUUUGCCAAAGGAAACCUUCCUUCUAUUACUGCACUCUAUGAAUAUUUCAGGAUUUUCUCUGCAACUUCAGGAUUGCAAGCUAAUCUUGGGAAGAGUUGUGUAUAUUUUGGAGGAGUUAGGAAGGAAGAGCAGGAUAAUAUACUGAAGCAUUUGGGGUUUGUCCAUGGGAAUCUACCUUUUAAAUAUUUGGGAGUGCCUUUAUCUACAAAGAAGAUUUCUCUAUUGCAAUGGCAGCCUUUAAUAGAGAAAAUUACAGCCAGAAUCACUUCAUGGACAUCAAAGAAACUAUCAUAUGCAGGGAGAACUCAAUUAGUGAAAUCAGUUCUGUUUGGUAUGCAAGCAUAUUGGGCUCAACUAUUCCAUAUUCCUUCGAAGGUAUUGAAGACUAUAUAUGCUUAUUGCAGAAGCUAUCUGUGGUCAGGUAUUAAUUCAAUUACCAAGAAAGCUCUGAUAGCAUGGGAUAGAGUAUGUAUGCCCAAGUCUAUGGGAGGAAUAGGUAUCAUCAACAUAAAGUUAUGGAACCAAGCUGCUCAAAUCAAGACAUGCUGGGAUGUAGCUCAUAAACAAGACAAGAUGUGGAUUAGAUGGAUUCAUGCUUAUUACAUCAAAGGAAAGCCACUGAUGGAAACAAUAGUUCCAGCACAAGCAAGUUGGAUUACUAGGAAGAUAUUGGAAUCGAAGAACAAGUUGCAUUUGAUACCUGGAAACAAGACCACAAGGAGUUUGACAAACACUAUCUACUAUAAGCUGCUUCCUGAAAUGAGGCCAGUAAUCUGGAAGAGUCUUAUGUUCAAAAAUGAUGCAAGACCAAAAGUAAGCUUUAUAAUGUGGUUAUAUUUACAGGGGAGAUUGGCAACAACAGAUAGACUAAUGAGAUGGGGCAUGACAGUGGAAACCACUUACUCAUUAUGUCAAGCAGAACUGGAAACAAGAGAACAUUUGUUUGUUGAAUGUGACUUUGCUAAAGCUAUAUGGAGGAGAUUGCAAAAAUGGUUAAAAUGGCAGCAAACAACAGAAGAAUGGAAUCAACAUGUUGACUGGGCUAUCAAAAGUGCUAAAGGGAAAUCACAGCAAGCUCAAAUUUUCAAAUUGGUGUAUGCAGAAUGUAUAUAUGCUAUAUGGAUGGAAAGGAACAAUAGAGUGUUUGAAAAGAAGACUAGAAGUUGGGAAACAAUUGUACGGGAAAUUGUCUAUAUCUAUUAUAUUAGAGCAGGUCCUAGAGUAAAAGAGUUUGUACAUAAUUUUACGUUUUAUAUGUUUAAGAAUUUUGUUUUAGUUGAGAGCUCCUUGUAUAUAGAAGUAGUAAGAAAAGAUAGAUAUAUUUUUUUUGAUAUAGCUAAUUCUGUUUGA